AGUAGCCGUCGCUUGUAUAAAGGAGGGUGUUUGGAGGAACGUCAAAACAGACACAAUUUGACAAGCUAGCAGAGAACUCCAACACUGAGUAAUACAUACAAAUAACCCAAUGAUCGUGUUCCCCCAAACAUGCUUAUCUUAGUCACAUCACCAUCAAGGGAACUGCAUCCACUCAACAUUGACAUGGAGGACAACAGAAAACAGCAGACAAAGGGAUGCAACUUGAGGUCCCGACUACAACGCAGAUCUUCCCAUGCCCCUAACACUGAACGACUUAGUACUGAGGAAAUGAUCCUGUGGUCCCAGUCUUUGGAGAGACUUCUCACAUCAAAAUAUGGCAUGGCAACAUUUCAGGCCUUUCUGAAAUCAGAGUUCAGCGAUGAGAACAUUGAAUUCUGGCUGAUCUGUGAAGACUACAAGAAGAUUAAGUCCUCCUUCAGGCUGUCCUCCAGGGCCAAGAAGAUCUACAAGACAUACAUUGAAGCUGAGGCUCCAAAAGAGAUCAACAUUGACCACAAGACCAGAGAUCUCAUCGGGCAGAAUGUGAAGACGCCCUCCACAGUUUGCUUCGACGAGGCCCAGAGGAUUGUGUACAGCCUGAUGGAGAAAGACUCCUACCCCAGGUUCCUCAGAUCCAACAUCUACAGGACCUUAUUGGACUCCGCAUCAGACUGACUACAUGAAGAUGUGAAUGAAUACCGAUGAUAGAAACUGAACUGAGGCUUCCAACAAUGGACUGCAAUGUUUCACAGCCAGGGAGCUUCUACAAACAGGAUUCAUAAGAAGAUGCUUCCGAGUGUGAAUUAUACUGGGUACAAAUGUACGAGGCCUAAGGGAAUGCUGGGAGGAACAUACAGAAGUGACUGUGCUGGCAAGCCUUCUUGACAUUUGUGUUUAGUCUAUGUACUUUCACUUGAAAGAGGAACAUACGUCACAUAGAAGGGGACUAAAGAGAUCAUAGAAAUAUAAUGUCGAUUCUAUUUCUACGACAGAGACAUGGUGGUGUCAGGGGAUUACCUUGCAUGGCAUGUUAUUGCUAGGGACUUUCUGUGUCAAUGUUCCGGGGAUGUUUACUGUGUAGAAUCUAAACAGUCUGGGCUGUAACUGUAUGAAAAGGUAUCUGCAGUUGCACAAUAAUCUGCAGGUCAUCAGUUGAGUUAUAAGGCAUUUGAUAAAAUAAUCUACUAAAUGUGACUUUUUUUUAAACCACAAUUUUAGAAUGGGUGAUUUUGUUUACUUUAACACAAUGAGGCAUGUUUGUGAUGUAAGCUUUAAAAAUAACAUUAUGGAGAAUUGAUUUUGUGAAGAAAUUACUGAAUGUAAAAAAUGCUGUUGAUACACUGGAUAUUUGUAAAAAAUUCCGAUUUCUAUAGGUGUAUUUAUAAAAUGGCACAUGGUUUCCAAAUUCGAACAGCUAAAUUAUACAUUUAGUAAAAACACAAAUUCACAAAAAUGUAAAUGCUUCAAACCUUCAAAGCACUUUUAAAAUAUCCUAAUAUUUGACUGCAUUUGUUUAUUAAGGCGCUUCCCAAACUUUACUGAAAGGGUAAUGUCACGAGGUGGAAAUAUGACAGGUUCUUUUGGAUCUGGGUUGAGCAGGCAGAAGCAGGAAGCAAGGGACUAGUUUCACCAUUUAAUACAUAAUAAGUAAUGGUUUACACGUUUACCUUUUCAUCCGUGGCCUUUCUCAUGGCCCAGGAACAUUUUACAAACCAUGCUAUUUAAAAUGACACUAACAAACAAAUCAAAGUAAACAAAAGGCACAGGAAGUGGGGCAGUCCAGGAGGCAGGUGUCCAUCUUGUUUUCGUCAAACUCACAAGAAUCCAUUUUCCUCCAUGCUCCCAGAAAUCACCAUCCCACUGGGCACAAACUGGUUGAAUCAACAUUGUUUCAAUGUAAUUUCUCAACUUAAUGUGAUGUGGAAUCUACGUGGAAAAUACAUUGGAUUCUAACAAACUGUUGUUUUGUGAAAUUUAUACCACAGGAUUAUGUCAUCAUAGUAGUCAAUUUUCACUUGACAGCAGAGAGUAAAAAUGUACGUUUCAGAGUUUCCUUAAAUUCUACACAUGUUGCCACGGGGCGUAGAGAAAAUGUUCUACACAUUUCACCAACUACGAACUCUCACACGAAAAUACACACACAGUUGAUAAGAAAGAUGGCACGACAGAGAUGGUCGCCUCGCUUCAGGUCCUUAGAAAACUAUGCAGUUUUGUUUUUCUCUGUAUUAUUUCUCACGUUGUUAGCCCAAAAAAUCUCAAGUGUUAUUUUCAAGUGUUUUCAAGGGUUAUUACAACCAGGAAGAACUAUUGGAUAUAAAAGCGAUGUCAACUUACCAUCUCUACGACCAUCUCUACGUCUUUCCCGAAGCGGACACUUUGUUCGGAACCUCCACCAUGGACAUGCGAUCUUAUCCCAGAGGCCGACAGAAAACAACGCGGUCGCCGCAGGAGAGGCAGAUAGAGCGGCCUACUGGUCAGACUCAGAAGGCAAGCACACCAUCCACCACUUCCGAGCAUAUUACUCCUCAAUGUCCAAUCUCUAGAUAACAAGGUGGACGAAAUCAGGGCACGAGUUGCAAUCCAGAGAGACAUCAGAGAAUGUAACAGUCUCUGUUUCAAGCAAACAUGGCUCACUCGGGAUAUGUUAUCAGAGUCAGUACAGCCAUCCGGUUUCUUCAUGCAUCGCGCCGACAGAAACAAACAUCUCUCUGGGGCGGCAGGGUAGCCUAGUGGUUAGAGUGUUGGACUAGUAACCGGAAGGUUGCAAGUUCAAACCCCCGAGCUGACAAGGUACAAAUCUGUUGUUCUGCCCCUGAACAGGCAGUUAACCCACUGUUCCUAGGCUGUCAUCGAAAAUAAGAAUUUGUUCUUAACUGACUUGCCUAGUUAAAUAAAGGUAAAAUAAAAAGAAGAAGGGCAGGGGUGUGUAUGCCUUAUGAUUAACAACUCAUGGUGUAAUCACAACAACAUACAGGAACUCAAGUCCUUUUGUUCACCCUACCUAGAAUUCCUUACAAUCAAAUGGCAACCGCUUUAUCUUCCAAGAGAAUUCUCUUCAAUUAUAGUCAUAGCCGUGUAUACCCCCCCAAGCAGAUCUCUCGUCGGCCCUGAAAGAACUUCACUGGACUAUGUAAACUGGAAACCACACAUAUUGUAGCUGGGGGUUUUAACAAAGCUAACUUAAGAACCAUACUUCCUCAAUUCUAUCAACAUAUCAAAUGCGCAACAAGAAAUGGUAACUUUCUGGAUCAUUGCUACUCGAACUUCCGUGAUGCAUACAAAGCCCUCCCCCGCCCUGCCUUCGGCAAAUCUGACCAUGACUCCAUUUUGUUGCUCCCAGCCUAUAGACAGAAACUUAAACAAGAAGCGUCCGUGCUCAGGUCAAUACAACGGUGGUCAAUCGGAUUCCAAGCUUCAAGAUUGCUUCAAUCACGUGGACUGGGAUAUGUUCCGGAUAGCCUCAGACAAUAACAUUGAUGUAUACGCUAACUCGGUGAGCAAGUAGAGUAGGUCAGGGCGUGACUAGGGGUUUUAGUCUAUUAUUUCUAUGUGGGGUUCUAGGUUUGAUUUUCUAUGUUUGUUUGUGUAUGAUUCCCAGUUAGAGGCAGCUAGUAAUCGUUGUCUCUAAUUGGGGAUCAUACUUAAUUUGCAUUUUUCCACCUGUGGGUUAUGGGAUAUUGUUUAUGUUUAGUUGCCUGUUCGCACUGCAUUGUCACGGUUUGUUAAUUCUUUAUUUGUUUUGUAUUUGCUUAAGUUUCACUUUAUUCAUUAAAAGUAUGUGGAACUCAAA